UUCACUUGACAGAAGAUGGACUCUGUGAGAGUCACUACAUUAAAGCACUGAUAUUGUUUGUUAAUCAACUGCCCGACUGCUGUAGUGUCUCACAUCAAUUGUGGCACUACAAUGGACUCGAGUAUGAUGGAGAUAAUAGAAGAAUUCAUGGAGAGUGCAUUGGUGCACUGGGUUCAGCUCUUUGAGAAGAUGGUGGAGAUGGAGAACGGUGUCCCACUCUACAGUCAGUACAUCGAAGUGAAUUCCAUUUCUCGGGACUGCUACCUCAGACUGACCAAUGGGAUUUUCCUCAACGAGGUCAUGAGGAUCAUAGACCCAAACCCAAGGGUGGAGAGGUUGUACGACAGCGAGACAGAUGACUACAUGCAGAGAAUACAGAACUUCUCCAUCUUAAAUCGACACCUCCGAGCCUUCUACCAGGAGGACCUGCAGCAGUUGAUAUUGAUGCCGCUCCCCAACAUCGCCAUCUUGGGCCAGGACCCCUUCACAGAGGCAGCAGUGGAGGAACUGAGGCGCUUGCUGCUGCUCCUGCUCGGAAGUGCUGUGCAGUGUGAACAUAAAGAGACAUUCAUUCAGCAGAUCCAGUCUCUGGACAUAAAGACACAGGCUGCGCUCGCCGUCUGCAUUCAACAGGUGACUCAGGAUCCGCACUCGGUGUUGCCGCUCCAGUGGGAAGAGCUGCUGGAGGUGGAAGGUGCAGACCUAAAGCUGGUGUUUAGCUCCAUGGCCAAACAGAUUCAAAGCAUGGUGGCACAGAGAGACACGCACCUAGAGCGCAUCGCGGAGUUGUGUCGGGAGCGGGAGGCACAUGUUGACUCACCCUUGGCGGCCCUGGGUGGUCUCUAUGACGAGCCUCCCCAAGGUCUGGCACUGCAGCUGGCAGACAGCAAGGCCAAAGUGCGCCGCCUGAAACAACAACUGGAUGAUAAAGGCGAUCAGUUAUUAGACUACAAGCAGGAGAUUCAGAUGAUGGAGGAGCAGCUCAAAAAGCUUCAGAUAAAGAACCGGUCCAUGCAGAACGAGUCGAGGGACCUGCGUGCUCUGCGGGAUGAGCUGGAUUGCGCCCGUGAGAGAGCUGCGAGGGCCGAGCAGCUCCAGAACGAGCUUCAGAGCUGUAAACAUCGACUGCACGGCCUGGACGUGACACGCACUCAACUUAAGGAGCAGCAGCAGCUGUGCGCAGCCCUGCAGGAGACCAAAGCUCUUUUGGAAGAACAGCUGUCCGAUGCGAGGGCCCGAUGCUCCGCACUGAGGGAGCUGGAGAGGGAAAACCUUCUACUGCGUCAGCGGAUUAUAGACGUAGAAGCGGAGCGUGACACCGAGAGGCAGCGUGUUGACGAGCUACUGGAGCUGAACAUAAGCCUGGAGGCAGACCUGCGGCAGUGCGUCGGCGGCGGCGUGCCUGGUCCGAUGGCUGCGGCCCACCGGCGCUUCCUCCAAUCAGAGGAGGAUGCUGACGAGGAGCUGAGCGAGCUGAUUGACCAGAAACCUCUGAGUGUGGAAGUGGGUGAGGCGUCAAUGCUGAGGCUGCUGGGAGCAGAGCAGGAGAACGCGAGCCUGAGGAGACGUCUGGAGGAGUUACAGGCCCAGCAGGAGUUUCACAACCUAAAGAAUGAAAAUGCCACUUUGAAGCUACGGCUGGAAGAGCUAAUGGCCAACCUGAAGCACACAGAAGACACAGGAGUGAAGCAUAAAGACGACAAGGAGAACGGCGAGAGGGGUGUCCAGGGAUCUGAAUCCUGCAGGGGAGAGGGGGAAGGAAUGGUGAAGUUGAUGGAGGACAGGGAGCGCAGACGGGAACUGAUCGUGAUACGAAGGGAAGCAGGGGUCGGGGAAGAGGUUGUCCAUGUUCAAGGUGGGAAAGCAGAAUCACGUAAUGAGGAGAUCCAGCCCAAAAGAAGAGGAGAAGCAGAGGGGGAUCACACAGACAUGCCGGAGGACAGUGAGCUGAAACCAGAAACAACCACAUUAGACAUUCAAAAACACCCCCGAAAUCAAGGCGAUCACAAUGAACCCACAACUACCGACCAGGCUGAGUGCAGCCUUCCUGGUGCGGAGGUUGCUCUGACAAAGCGUCUCCACGAGGCCCAGGAAGACGCUGACAGGCAAGCCCUGGUGGCCCAGGACCUGCGCUCCAAGUUGGGAGAGCAGAGCAGGAAAACGUGGGAGGCUGAGCAGAGGCUGACGCUGCUGGAGGUCGAGCUGCAACACCUGAGAAAAGCUGCGGAGAAUCUCGGGGAGGCCCGCAGGCAGAUUGAGGUUCUACAGUCCGAGGCCGGGUCCAUGGAGGAGGAGCUGUUCCGUCUGCGGAGUCAAGCGGAGCUUCACAGCAUGCAAACGACAGUCAUCGCGAGCCUGGAAGGGGAACGGGCGGCACUGGAGAGAGACAGGGACACGCUACGCGGCACUGUGGAUGCCCUACGCACCGCCCAGCGCAAGAGUGAACAGUUAGCGUUGACCACUCAGACUCUCAAGGCCGAGCUGGAACGUCAGGGUCGCACGCUGGAGACCUCACGCCGCCGUGAAGAGGAGCUGGAGGCGGAGGUGCGUGACGCCGGCCUGGAUGCUCAAGCCGCAGCUAGGGCCCGGGACCAGGCGCUGCUGGACGUGUCACGCUUGGAGCAGGAGAAGGAGGUGUGCCAGUCGGAGCUGGACGGCCUGCGGAAGGAAGCGAGGCAGCGGGAGAGGGAGGCAGCGAGACUCAGGCAGCAGCUGGAGAGCACCAACACGGCUCUGGAGCACAGCAACAAGAGAGUGAGGGCCUUGGACGCUGAUCACAGGUGCGUGUGUCAGCAGCUGUCUGAGUCCAAGGAGCUCUGCGCAAGCCUCGAGGACCUGGAGAGAGAGCGUGGCACUCGAUUAAGCAGCUUGAAGGAGAGUAAACAGCUGCUGCAAGCCAAGUACACAGAUGCACAGGCCAAGAUUCGGUCACUGUUGCAGGAUCUGUCCAACGAGCAGACUCGUUCUCAAAGUCUGACCUCAGAAGUCCAGUGCCUCAGCCAACAGAUCGAAAAAGCUGAAAGUGAACUAAAAGGUGCAACAGACAAUCUCAACCAAUCACGGGACAGAACAGAGCCGCCCGCCUGCCCUAUGAGUGAAUGCGAAGCUCAUCUCCAGUUAGGAAAGACAUGCGGGGAUCGUGCAUGUCAUUCCUCAUGCCAAAUCCACAUUUGUCAGACGGAACACCGGGAUACAUCAACGCUGGAUCAAGACAAAGGUCACAACCUUUCUGUGUCCUCCCAUGAUACCGCAGGAGAGACAGGGAGGCAGCUCACUGGCAGGUUGUUGAAGCUGGAAAAAGAGAGAGCCGUGGCGCUUGCAGGACAGGAGGCUUUGUUGUUGCGUCUGUCUCAGUCCCAGGAGACGUGUGAGGACCUGAGGGAGCAGCUGGCGGCUCUACGCCGACACUCGCUCAGCCUGCAGGACUCGUGUACUCGACUGCAGAUGCUCAACACUCAGCUACAGGUGGAACAAGCAAACGUGAACUCUCAGCAUGCAGCAGUGCAGGCGCGCCACAGCGAGAGAGAAGCCCGGUGUGCGGGACUGGAGGCGGAGUCUAAUGUGUGGGCACGGGAGCGGGAGGAGUCGGCGGUCAGGAUGGAAACACUAAGGCGGGACCAUGAGCGUUUGACGGCGUUGCAGCAGCGUCAGGAGACAGAGCUAGAGGAACUUCUAGACAAACACUCUCGCCUGCGAAGCACCAGCCGCAGUCUGGAAGCACAACACAGGGAGCUGGAGUCCAGCUACAAAGAGCUGCUGGAUGCUAAAAGCCAGCUGGAGGAGAGAGAGCGAGAGAUGAAAAUGGAGAGAGCGGAGAUGGAAGCAGAAGGCCAGAGGAGAUUGGAGCGUGAACGAGAGCUGGAGAGGCUGAAAGAAGACAGUGAGAGGCUCCAGGCCCAGCAUAAGGAGUUGGUAGCGUCACAGGCAGAGCUGCUGGCUCAGGGCUCCUUGCUGAGGGGGGAGCUGAGCACCUCACUGCUGGAGAGGACUCGUCUGGAGGGGGAGCUCAGCACCCUGAGGGAAGCCAACCAGAGUCUGGACCUCAGCAACGCCCGCCUCACCAGCCAAUAUCAGCUACUGACCCAGCUUAAGGGGAACAUGGAGGAGGAGAACCGACAUUUAGCCGAACAGAACCGCAGUCUUCUGAAGGAGAACCGGGCCUUACUGGAGCAGAGCGUGGAGCGCCGUGACCAGCACUAUACGCAGCAGAAAGAAUAUCAGGAGAAGCUGAGCGAGCUCCGUCGGGAGAAGCAGAAGCUGGUGGAAAAGAUUAUGGACCAAUACAGAGUUCUGGAGCCCUACGUACCACCUUCGCCUUGGAAGGCCAAGAAAUCUAACUGGAUUGCAGACCAGAUGAAAAAGCUCAUCAAACCCCGGGGAGGAGCGCGAGAGGGACGCGGCCUCGUCACGGCCGCCGGCAGCGUGGACAACCUAGCCGACGGAGCCCAAUUUACAUCAGACACACCUCGGCGUGAUCCUUCCAGUGCUCCAGGUUCCCCAUGUCCCUUGAGAAAAGCUCCACUCCACACAGAGCCGGAGAUUUCUUCUCCCACUAAUCUGGUCCCACGCAGCGGCUCUAGGGGUCGUCGUAAACUGGGAUCCCGUCACGGUUGGGGUUUGACCCGAGUUUGCGCCGGAACUUCUCAAUCCUUCAGUCCAGGCGACCAAAAGACCCCGCCUUGCCGCCGCCUUCUCUCCGGUCAGAACACCUCCACGGUCUUCUGGGAGCGAGACAGCGAUGAAACUAGUGCUCCCCAGCAGGAGGCGGAGGCCAAACAGAGUAGUCAGGGGACCCCCGAGGAGGAGACAAGCGGAGGUAUGGAGGAGGAGGGCAACAACGACACAAGAUGAAGCUAAUAGGCGAUGAAGUCGGAUAUGAUGCAAUAUUAGUCUUCUCUUUCUUGUAGAUCAUCAACUUUCCAGCAAUGACCUCUUAGAAAGAAUUUAAUCAUGGACUUGACUCCCUUUAUUUGUAUUUAACAAUUGCUUUGACAUAUUUCUGAAAGGUUUACUCUAUAAAUGCACAUUUGUCACAGUAUUUUGAAUACUAAUACUAACUGAUGACCUUUUUAUGUACUUUGCCCUCCCCAAAACUGGUAUUAUUUUUCAUCAACAUAAAUAUAAAUAAAUAUAUACAACACUGA